UGUCUACAUGGUACAAGAGAAAAUGUUUUGCGGAAUGUCGAGCAAUGGGUGCACUCGAGAAAUCAUUGUCAGCAAAUUUAUUGGAUACAUGGUGUCGCAGGAUGUGGGAAAAGUUCUGUGGCCACCUCUGUAGCAGAUGCACUAGAAAGGGAGGAGGUUCUGUCUGGGUCAUUCUUCUGCAAACGAGAUAUUCCUGAACGAAGGAGCGCCAAACGACUAAUCCACUCGUUGAUGUAUUUCCUCGCGCGAAGAGUACCGACGUUCCGGAAUUCCCUUCUUCGACGAUAUCAAGACGACAGGACCGUCUUGGAUAAGCCGCUUUCGUAUCAGUUCAACACACUCCUUGUCAGUUCACUCGCAGGACUUCCUCAAGAGAUGGAGUUGGGACUAUCGGUCGUUAUUGUUAUUGAUGCGUUGGACGAAUGCGUCGAUGGCGAGAUCGUAGCCUCGUAUUUGGGA